UUAAUUAAUUGCUCUUUUAAUAUUCUGUAGUGUUCGUUCUGCUUUGCCUCCAAUGCAUCUGAAGCGUUUGCUGUGGAGUGUUUACAGGGUUGAAGCAGGGGGAGUCCGGAUCCACUCAUCCCCGGAACUCCACUCCGGGACUUCCCACAGGCUUCUUUUUAAAAACCACCUCUUUUACUUCGUAGCAGUGAAAAACACACCAGCAUUAGGGCAGCAGAUGACCCGGCGCAGCGGCGAGGAGCACAACAGUCCUCUCUAACAAAUGAAAGGAUGGGGGGCAUUAGCGGCAGCAGCAGCUGAGUUCAGUCAAACUGGAUCGGGGGCCGAGGGGGCACAGCAACUUUCUUCUCACUCCUGGGUGACUUUUCUUGGAUUUAUUUCCCGCUCCACAACAAUAUGCCAUUUGCCAAAAGAAUAGUGGAACCCCAGUUACUGUGCAGGUAUCAAGUCCCAAACGAGGAGGGUCUGGUUUUCGAGGAUCUGGUCUCCAUCAGUAAUGUGGCUCUAUCUCGGACCUUGCGGCAGCUGUCGGACCUGGCCAAACAUGCCUACUCCGUAUUCCAGGAGCUGGAAAACGAUCUCACAACCACCAACCAGCGGGUCCGGGGGCUACAGGGCAGGAUCGGCCAACUUCAGCAGACCUGCUCCGAGCUGGACCCCAAACAGGAGGCAGUGCCGCUAUCUAACCUGGAUGUGGAGAGUAAGCUGACAGCACAUUACCAAGCUCCCUGGCAUCAACAGAGAAACGUUUUCCAUCCCUCUACACGGCCAGAAUGUGUGGAAGAGCUCCACAGGCAAGCCAAAACCAGCCUGUGGGCCCAGCACCGAGCAGAUCACCAGAGGAGACGAUCGGGCAGCAGGGAGCGGAGAGUUACCAUCGCAAUCUCGCCGGUGCCCCCAACGCCCAUGUAUCCCUCACCUCAGAGGGGAACAAAUUUAACAACGUUCGAAUCCACCCGCUCCUCCUCCCCUACCGAAUGUUGCCACUUCUCUCCCUGGAGCAGAAAGGCUGCGCCCUCUGACCCCGACUCUGACGGGGUGGCUCUAGGUCACCGGUCUAAGUUUCCCAUCCCUAACAUCCCCUCCACCCUGGACAAGCAGACUAACUGGUCUAAAGCUCUGCCGCUGCCCACUCCAGAAGAGAGAAUGAAAAGCAAUUCCCAAGUCAUCACCUCAUGUGUCAUCCCCAUUAAUGUGACCGGGGUUGGCUUUGACAGAGAUGCUAGUGUGCGUUGCUCGCUCGUUCACUCGCAGUCUUUGCUUCAGAGGAGACGGAAGCUGAGGAGACGGAGGACUGUUGCCGGCGUUCCCAGACAGGUGCAGCAAGACUUAGAUUCUGAUGACUCUCCUGGCUCCAGAGAGCGGACAGUCAUAGUUCACGCCAGUGCAGAUAUCACCCCUUCCAGCCAGGAGUUUGCCAGCCAUCUCAACACCAGAGACUCCGGUUGUCAGACGGAAGACUUUUUGAUCUCAGGAGCACCAUCUCGAAGGAGGAUCAGGCUUCAGAGAGGCCAGGGAGUCUCACUCUCCCUCUCACAUUCUGCAGGAAACAUCUCCUCCCUCCCUGAGACCUCGGACGCCAUGUUCAGUGCCUCCGUUGGAGCACACCUGCGUUCUCGGAGUCUGCCCCGAGACACCAGCCGGUUGUUGGACAACGGGCAUAACGACAGCGACGAUGAGGAGGACCUUUCCCCCUUCGACACUGAGGGGUUUCUGACUGGAUCCAGGAAGUUGACUCUGAAGGAUGAAGAGGAGAGCACUGAUGACCAGGCCAUGUCUGAACACCAGCUAGGAAGCCUUAAGUACAAGCAGCUGUCACAGAGUCCAGAGCGCAGCUGGAUGGAGCGGACCAGAGCUCACCUGCCUAGAAAAGCUGACAUGGGCAGCUGUGAGAUCUCAUCUAGCUCGGACACCUUCAGCAGCCCUGUGCACUGCGUUUCUGCUGCAGCAGUGCUAGGAGGCCAGAUAGACCAUAAGGAGGACCACCAGUCCUCCAGUGGGAACUGGAGCGGGAGCAGUUCCACAUGCCCCUCCCAGACAUCAGAAACACUCCCUCCUGCCGCAUCUCCACCUCUGACCGGCUCCUCCCACUGUGACUCUGAGCUCUCUUUAAACGCUGCCACUCACACUAACGAUGACCAGACAGGCUUUUUGCUGGACCACUAUCAGGGCCUCAGGACCCAAAGAGCAGGCUCCUUCUCCUCCACAGCUAUGGACAUAUUAGAAGAAGUAGGUGUCAGCACUCCCAUCGAGGGGGAGUGGAGUUACCCCAAUCCAGAGCCUCCGGGGUCACAGGGCUUCAGCCCCGAGCCAAGCAGAGAGCCUGGAAGCAGUCUGGGCUGCCCCAGUUUCACCAGUAUGGCUACCUGUGAGAGCAGCUUCUCCGACAAACCACCGUCAGAGAAAGCAGACACCGUCUCACACUACUCUGUGGACAACGAAGGUUACUACACCUCCAUGCACUUUGACUGCGGCCUGAAAGGUAGCCGAAGCUUCACUUAUAAUAACUAUGCACCCUCAGGCACUGACUGUGGCCUGUCAGACUCAAGUGGUCACAUGACUCUGGGAAGACGCUGCCUCUCCUUAAAAAAGCCAAAGGUGAAGCCAUCGCCACCUAAGAGGAGCUCCUCCUUAAGGAAAAUAUGCAGUGAGGGAAACAUCCCCGUUAAGAAAGAACCAAAGAUUACAUGUGGGCAGCAACUUCCUCUGUCUGCAAAGGAGAGGAAACUGCAGCUGGCUUUUUCUGGCUCUCCGGCUCACACUGAAAACUCCUCACUGGUCAGGGAAACCCGGGUAGGCUGGGGGGUUGAGGGCUCAGCUGAUCUACCAGACUUAGUCUCCACAGAUACACAUUCAUUUAAGGAUGAGGGCGUUUUGCAGUCAGACUAUGCAGAUCUGUGGCUCCUGAAUGAUUUGAAAUCCACUGAUCCUUACCGAUCGUUGUCAAACUCCAGCACAGCUACGGGUACGACGGUUAUCGAAUGCAUCAAGUCACAGGAUAGCUCAGAGUCGCAGACGUCCCAGUCUGGCUCCAGAGCUACCACCCCUUCACUUCCAUCAGUCGAGGGAGAUUUCAAGCUCACAUCCCCUGAGAAGCUGGCAGGCCUGGCAAGCCCAUCCAGUGGCUACUCCAGUCAGUCAGAAACACCUACUUCCUCAUUUCCCUCUACCUUCUUCCCUGGGCCACUGUCUCCAUCAAGUGGUAAAAGGAAACCCAAAGUCCCAGAGAGGAAGUCCUCUCUCUCAUCACUGUCACUUCAGUCACUGUCCUCCAGGGAUGGCGCAACCUCAAAGAGGGAUCUAGAGCUGCCAAUUAUCCCUCCCUCUCAUCUCGACUUAAGUGCCCUUCAUAGCGUCAACAACAAGGCGACAGCUUACAAGACCCAGAUGCAAAUCCUUCACCAAAACAAACAAAAAGCAGCAGUGUCAGCCAAGCCUAUAGUACCUCACAACCCAGAGGUAUUCAAUGCCCAUUGCCUGUCCAUUACACCCACGGUGCUGAACUCAGUACACCUCCGAUCAAUCAGUAAGGAGCAGCACGAAAAUCACACAGCUUCCAAAUUCCAAUAUCCCACUGUGAACUCACCUAGCAAACUUUCCACUAGUAAAUCUUUAGAGCUUAAGAGUCCUGUGCUGUACAACUCACACCACCAUCAUCUUCACCCAUCCUCAAAGGAGUCAGGUGUGUUUACCUCAAAUGAAGAGCUUACAAGUGGAAGGUCAGCAUGUGAGACUGAGACGAGGAACGAGCCGGAGCAAGAGGCUCCUGCAAAGUGUGUGACAACAGUCAGGCUCCAGUCAGACUCAUGUUUGGACCAGAAAGGUCCAGAAGUCCCCGAACAAACCACAAGUCAAGAAAGAGAGACCUGUAGAGAGCUGCCAGAAACACCUGCCUGCCUCGGAGACUUCAGCUCACAGUCUGAGACUUUACAGCAACAGCACUCUGAAGAAGAAGAAGAAGAGCCCUAUCCUCCUCCUCCUCCUCCUGUCCUACACAGUUCCCCCAAUAGACCCAGCAGUGUGGAUAAAGUGCCUGCUACUGACAGUCAGUCGGAGAUGCCGCAAAGCAGUCCAAUCAGCAAUGAAGACAGCAAAGAAAUGGAUUCAUUGGGCGAUUCAUCCGAAUGUACCUCACAGGACAGCAAGGAGGAGUCCAUGCCAGACAUGGAGGACUAUUUUAGUAAAGACUCGACUCUCAGUGACAGCACUGUGUCCUCAGUGCAUGAUGAGUCAAGGCCAGAGGAUGACACCGUGUUUCUGUCCCCCACUAAAUCUCGCACCACUGAGGAUUUAUUCGCUAUGAUACACAGGUCUAAAAGGAAAGUGUUGGGGAGAAAAGACUCCGCCGAGUUGGGUGUGAGGAACCGCCUUGGUGGCGCUUCGGGGAACACGCCACCUAACAGCACUGCAAGCUCCCCUAUCUCUGUGGCAUCACCUUCCUCCGCCGUGACCCCACCUGGCCUGCACAGAGUCCCCGGUCCAAUCUACAGGAACGCAAAAAAGUCCAGCACCUCUAACGAGGAGUUCAAACUACUGCUGCUUAAAAAGGGAAGCCGCUCUGACACUAGUUACCGCAUGUCAGCUACAGAGAUCCUCAAGAGUCCCAUCACCCCUAAAUCACUUGGAGACACUCUAAUGGAGUCACCCAAACACCCCGACGACAACACUUUCCCUCAGCAGCAGCCCCAAUCAGGACAAGACCACCUUUCCAGCCCCUACUUGAAAACCAACGCAGAGGGCUUUUCACCGAAAUCCUUCCAUACAUCUGCGGCCUCAAGGCAGGGACGCUCCAGGAUCCCACCACCUGCCAACAGCAGCCGCUACAGCAUGCGCAGCAGGCUGUACUCAACGCCCAUGCAGGCCAUCUCUGAGGGUGAGACGGAGAACUCGGACGGGAGCCCUCAUGACGACCGCUCAUCGCAGGGCUCCACGUAGAAAAAACAGCAAUAAUUUAGUCAUUUUAUUAGUUUACAGCAAACAGACAAACAAAAAAAAAAUGGACCAGAAUGAGGAGAGAAGGAGAGGAAAUUAGAAGAACAUGAACAUUUUUUAAAAUCAUAAAUUUAGUAAUUGAUGGUGUUUUAUACAGACUGCAUUUCUAAGAAAACAUCUUUAUGAAAUGAACAGUUGGCAUUAGAAACUUGAUUGUUUUGCGUCUGCAUUAUAUGGAAAAAUAUGAUUUACAAAUCGAAAAAUCUUCUCAGUUCUAAAUUUAAAGGGGGACCUAUUUUUCUUUUCCUUAUUUUCUAUCAUAUAUGUAUGGAAGCCCGUUUCCGCCACACAAAAAAAAAAAUUAUCCAUAACUCGAAAUUUCAAGUUAUCUUUCUCGAAAUUUCAACUUAUUUUGAGAAAAGUAACUCCAAAUUUCGAGUUAGUUCUGCCAAUCUAUCUACGUGACAUUUAUCUACGUGAAUAACAUCAUUUUCUUAUUACCCGGAAGGAUAUGGCGCAGAGGAAUGCAGACUCAAAACCGGAUCGCAACAAAUUGGCGCUUUUGAGAGUAUGUUUGCUGAUAGUAACGCCAUGUGAUUCAGCUAAUAACACAAGGAUUUCAUCAUUCGUGAAGCCACGCUGAAAAUACUCAGCAAUUUGUGCAUUCAUGACUGGCUGUAAUACUGGUAGCUUAGCUGUAGCAUUUGUAGCUGAGGGCUUCAGCUUCCAGGUAACAAGGAAAUGACGUAAUUCACGUACAUUACUGAUUGGCAGCGCAACUGUUACUUUUCUUAAAAUUUUGAGUUAAUAAGUCAAAAUUUUGAGAAAAUAGCUCGUAAUUUGGAGUUAUAAAUACUUUUUUUUUUUUUUUUUUUCUAGUGGCAGAAACGGCUUCCAUAUAUAUGUGAUGCUUGUAGCAACACAUGGCCAGAGUUCAAGGUAUAAUAAUGAGGUCAGUGCAUGUAAAAGUAAUCUUUUUUAACCUAAAACUCUGUCAGAAUGAAUGGAGAUCCCCAGUAGGGUCAGAGGCGGUACCAUCCCAUAUAAAAUAAAUAAGCAUUAUUAUGAACUGUGAAUCACUCUAAGCUACUCUAGAGUCCACAAAUAAAAAUAUGGAGCUGGAAAUGAGCUUAAUAGUUGUUGUUAGUUUAAGGCACAUUUCCCAAAGUCUUGUAGACCCAACCCAACAACAGAACUUUUUUAGAAAUAAGUAAGAGAAGUUGAUCUGUUUUAAUUAACCGUAUGUAUUCUGUGAAUACAAUUAGACAGACAUUUCCUCUAACCAGUUACAUCAAAUUAUUUUAAUACCCUCAAAAUGAACAUCAGAAUUGACAAAUGUCAACAUUCAGUCCCUAUUCAUAUUUCCUGUAAACAGAAUUGAUACAAUGUAUAUUUUAUUCAGUUUGUCAUAUACUAAAUUAUAUCAAAGCUUAUUAUUAGAAUAUUUUAACAUACUGUACAUAUUGCAAGAAAUGGAAGACGUAACUAGUGGUGAGACAGGAAGUGUCAAAGCCGAGCACUAACUUGACAAUCUCGUGAGACAAGAAAGGAGCAGGUGUUAACAUGGGACAUGAAAAAGUGAUCAAAAAGUUCGAGGCAGGGAACUCGGAGAGCUGGAAGAGAACGUGGAAGUCAUAAAGAAAAACUUACCAAUGGUCAUUUCUGGUUUGCUGACAUGAUGUGUUUAUGCAUUGUCGAAAGAGGCAAGUGGAAAGUACUCAGAGGAUCAAAUAUACCUUAUUUUAUCCAACAGGAGAAAAUAUGUGGUGAAGCAGCUGAGGUCACAGCAAGUUGAGUGUUUUUGUGAGAUUUUUGAUUGUGUGGUUAAACAUGGAACCGGGUUAUUAAGUCUCUUGAAAAGAGAAAUGUCUGGAUUUGGCAUUUUCUGCCCCUCAAUAUUCAAAAAAUAUAACUUCUAUAUUUUCUGUCUCAAACCAAUCUAAAUAUAUUUAUUUUUAUAACAUACACAGAAAACCUUUGAUCAAAAAUAUGCAAUGAAGUGCUGGAACCUUUACAGCCAGAUUUUAUUUACAUACUUAUUUUGUUCCUAAGAGAUGCGUUUUAGAUCUUAUAUCAGACACUGGUUGCAGAGACAAAUUGGAAACUUAAUUAUUAAAUUUCAUUAAAAAGUGUAAUUAAAUGCCAAAAAUAUAAAUGUAAGGUUUUGGUUGUAACCCUGGGAUAUUUUAGUCCUGUGUAUUCACCAUAAUUUUAUAAGUACAUGGAGCUUAUUGGAGUGAUGGUACUCAAACAUUAUGCAAAACUGGCAGAAACCUUGUUCUUCCCUGUAGGUAUGCUGUCAAUACCCUUUUAAUUUUCAUGUUAAUAACACUAUAUAACAGGGUACACAAUGAGUUAAGUCUGUGAACCUUCAUUCCAACUUUUUUGUUUUUUUCCUGCACUGACAAAGUGAUGUUUGUGAAGUUUUUUGUCUCUUGCUGUACCUGGAGAUAUUUAUAGAUGUGUACAUGCAGCUGUUUCCUUGAAUAAUAUUCACACCCCGAGGAUGCUUUAGGAGUGGAGUACAGAAAUGCUUCUACCAAAGGCUAAAAACACGUAGUGGCAUUGAACUGUUGUUCUCCUCUCGUUUACUUGACUGAAAUGUUCUUGAAAACACAAACCAAUAAUAAAGAACUAAACUUACGGUACUAGAUGCAUUUCAUCUAGAUACAGACCAACCUCUGUAUACAGUACUUGUAGGUUUUAGGGGUUUUUUUUGUACAAACUUGUAAAUUAAAUAACGUUUUAGAAUUGUUACAAAGGUUGUUGAAUUGCUUCUUAUGUAAAAUAAAAAAAACAUGUUUUUAAAGUUUACAUUAAUUUCAGACCUUUGUAUAUUUUUGAGCUGUGGAACACUUUGUCUUGUAUUUAUUUUUUAGUAAGCAUUUUUGAAAUCCCAUAGUAAAUCCUAUCAAAGCCAACUGCUAGCACAACAGGCUGCUUAGCAAAUGUGUAUAAAAAGAUGAAUAAAUGUGACUGCUUUGAAAA